AAGCAAGUGAGCAAGGUAUCCGGUGCCCCCUGGGCUCCUUUCCCUGCGGGAACAUCACCAAAUGCUUGCCCCAGCUGCUUCACUGCAAUGGUGUGGAUGACUGUGGGAACCAGGCUGAUGAAGACAACUGCGGAGACAAUAACGGAUGGUCUCUGCAACUGGACAAAUAUUUUGCUAAUUAUUACCGAAUGACUUCCCCAUAUCCCUUCAAGGCAGAAACAUCUGAAUGCCUGGUAGGUUCUGUGCCCGUGCGUUGUUUGUGCCAAGGUCUGGAACUGGACUGUGAUGAAGCCAAUUUACGAGCUGUUCCAUCAGUUUCUUCAAAUGUGACUGUAAUGUCACUUCAGUGGAACUUCAUAAGAAAGCUUCCUCCCAAUGGCUUCAAGAAGUACCAUGAUCUCCAGAGACUGUGCCUGCAAAACAAUAAGAUUAGAUCUGUGUCUGUGUACGCUUUCCGAGGACUGCUCCGCCUCACUAAACUGUAUCUCAGUCAUAACAGAAUAACCUUCUUGAAGCCAGGCAUUUUUGAAGACCUUCACAGACUAGAGUGGCUGAUAAUUGAAGAUAAUCACCUCAGCCGAAUUUCUCCAGUAACAUUUUAUGGACUAAAUUCUCUAAUUCUCUUGGUACUGAUGAAUAAUGUCCUCACCCAAUUACCUGAUAAGCCUCUCUGUCAGCACAUGCCCAGGCUGCACUGGCUGGAUUUUGAAGGCAACCAUAUCCAUACUUUAAGAAAUUUGACUUUUAAUUCCUGCAGUAAUUUAACUGUUUUGGUAAUGAGGAAAAAUAAAAUUAACAACCUAAAUGAAAAUACUUUUGCACACCUCCAGAAACUAGAUGAACUGGAUUUAGGAAGUAAUAAGAUUGAAAGUCUUCCGCCACAUCUAUUUAAGGAUCUGAAGGAGCUGUCACAAUUGAAUAUUUCUUAUAAUCCAAUCCAGAGAAUUCAAGCAAAUCAGUUUGAUUAUCUUGUCAAACUAAAGUCUCUCAGCCUAGAAGGAAUUGAAAUUUCUAAUAUCCAACAAAGGAUGUUCAUGCCUCUUAGGAAUCUCUCACACAUAUAUUUUAAGAAAUUUCAGUACUGUGGCUAUGCACCACAUGUUCGCAGCUGUAAACCAAAUACGGACGGAAUUUCAUCUCUUGAGAAUCUUUUGGCAAGCAUUAUCCAAAGAGUGUUUGUCUGGGUUGUAUCUGCUGUUACCUGCUUCGGAAAUAUAUUUGUUAUUUGUAUGAGACCUUAUAUCAGGUCUGAAAACAAGCUGCAUGCUAUGUCAAUCAUUUCUCUCUGCUGUGCUGACUGCCUAAUGGGAAUAUACUUGUUUGUGAUCGGAGCCUUUGACAUCAAGUUCCGGGGAGAAUACAAUAAGCACGCCCAGCUGUGGAUGGAGAGUAGUCCUUGUCAGCUCAUGGGAUCAUUGGCCAUUCUUUCUACAGAAGUAUCAGUUUUACUCUUAACAUUUCUGACAUUGGAAAAGUACAUCUGCAUUGUGUAUCCUUUUAGAUGUUUAAGACCUCGAAAAUGCAGAACCAUUACAGUUCUGAUUCUCAUUUGGAUUAUUGGCUUCAUAGUAGCUUUCAUUCCCCUGAGCAAUAAGGAAUUCUUCAAAAACUACUAUGGCACCAAUGGAGUGUGCUUCCCUCUUCAUUCAGAAGAUACAGAAAGUAUUGGAGCUCAGAUUUAUUCAGUGGCAAUUUUUCUUGGUAUUAACUUGGCAGCCUUUCUCAUCAUCGUUUUCUCCUAUGGAAGCAUGUUUUAUAGUGUUCAUCAAAGCGCCAUAACAGCCACUGAAAUACGGAAUCAAAUUAAAAAAGAGAUGAUCCUUGCCAAGCGGUUUUUCUUUAUCGUAUUUACUGAUGCGCUAUGCUGGAUACCCAUUUUUAUACUGAAAUUUCUUUCACUGCUUCAGGUAGAAAUACCAGGUACCAUUACCUCUUGGGUGGUAAUUUUUGUUCUGCCAAUCAACAGUGCUUUGAACCCAAUUCUCUAUACUCUGACCACAAGACCAUUCAAAGAAAUGAUCCAUCAGAUUUGGUACAACUACAGACAAAGAAGGUCCAUUGACAGCAAAGGAAGUCAGAAAACGCAAGCUCCAUCAUUCAUUUGGGUGGAAAAGUGGCCCAUGCAGGAGAUGCCAUCUGAUUUAGGGAAGCCAGCUGCUUUCACAGACCCCUGUGAAAUGUCACUCAUUUCUCAAUCAGCCAGGUUCAAUUCCCUGUCCUGUCUCUGA